GCCGAGGCUAUCCUACUCAGAGUUCUACCUAUGUCCAUAGAUCAUUUUAAUUUGUACCAACAUCUAUAUUAAGCUCCAGACUUCUAGUUUCGAUAUAUCCCAAGAUGCAAUCCAACAAUAAAGGUCACGUAGUCGAAUUCCACUACGACGUCAGUCCACUCCAUCUUUACUUACACCAACACAGAAUCGAAGCCCUCGCCGCCCGCACAAACGCCCGUCUCAUCUACCGUCCUACUCUCCUGGGCGCCAUCUAUCGUCUGACAGAAGCGCCCCAGGGCGCCGCCGGCUCCGCAUCCGACGUCUUCAACAGCACUAAAAAAGCAGUGACUUCGCGUGCCCUCGAGCGUACUAUUGCCCGUCAUGGCAUCCCGUACACCGAGCCGCCGCAGCACCCGAUGAAGACGACUGCGGCGCUGCGGUUGUUGUAUUGUGUCUCUGAGGAAGACAGGGGGAGACUGACGCAGGCGCUGUUUACGGCGUACUGGGUGCAGGGGAGGAAGAUUGGAGAGCAAGCUGUCUUGAUAGCGGCGGUCAGGGACGCAGCGGUGGCGCACGCGCAGGCAGUGAUUGAGGCGAUUGAGAAUGGACAAUUUGAGACGCAGCGCGAGAGGAGGAUGCUGGAGGAUGCGACGAAUCAGGCUGUUGAGCGUGGCGCGCCUGGUGUGCCUGGGUUUUGGAUCCCGGAUGUCAAGCGGUUGUUUUGGGGCCAGGAUCGAAUGCAUUUUGUGGAGGCUACGCUGCGUGCACUGAACGCUGGACUAGGAGGCCUGGAGGCUUGGGAGAGAAUAGGUGCGCCGCUGAGGAGUCUUGUGCCAAGAUGUCUUGCGAAGCAGGAUUGUGUGCCGGACGGAGAGGAGGUUAAGGUGGAGUUUUGGUUUGACUUCUCGUCGCCGUGGGCGUUUCUGGGGUGGACGCAGCUGGAGGCAUUGAGACGGCGGUUUGGGACUAGAUUGAGCAUUGACAUGAAGCCGUUUCUGCUGGGGAUCUUGUUCCGCGAGAUUGGGGCCCCGGAUGCGCCGAUGACUGCGUACAGCAAGCAGAAGAGAAACUAUUCAAUGCUAGAUCACGGCGAUUGGGUGAGGUGGUGGAAUGCGGUGGGCGCGCAAGAGAAAGAGGGAGACAGGCAGAUCAGCUUUCACUGGGCAGACAAGUUUCCGAUUCGCACGCCGACAGUUUUGAGGGUGAGCUUGGUGGAGCCGGGCACUACAGGGGUGCUAUAUCGAGCGUGCUGGGAGAGGAAUAUGGAUAUGUCAGUUGACGAUGUCGUCAGGCAGGUCCUCACCGAGGCAGGAUUUGAUGGCAAUGCGCUUCUUGCAAAAUCCAACGAGCCGAAGUACAAAGCUGAGCUGCGUGCGCGGACAAAAGAGGCCAAAGACGCGGGACUCUGUGGCGUGCCUACCUACCGUAUCUUUCGCAGAAAGGCUGGACAGGAUGAUGAUGCUUGGAAACAGGCUGGUGAUCUUGUUUGGGGACAAGACGAGAUGGGUGUUGUCGAAGAUUUGAUUGCUGGCUGGGAUGGGAGUGGCGUCGCUGAAUCCAGUGUGACGCAGGAAAGAAGUAGACUGUAGUCAGACUUGCAAUUUUGGCUGCAGGCAACGAUGACAAAAUGUGUUCGCUGAGGCCGUGAAGAUAUUCGGUUAUACGCAGCAGAGGCAUGAUUCCGGUCACGCUCGUCUAAGCAAAAAGUAACCCAUAACGUCCUAUAGCAAGUCAUGAAUCAUAUGUCACAUAGGAUAGCGGGAUGUUAAUACUGAUACU